AUGUCAACCAAUCCUCAAGAUGUGUUCAAAUUACUAUCCCAACAAGGAAAGCUUGUGCUGGAUGAUCCGAGGAAAGUCGUUCAUGUUUACGACAGAGGCGAGUCUUCCCGACUGAAGAGCGAACAGAAGAAUCAUCCAAGUCGAAAGAGCCAUGCAGCUUCCAGACGACCAGAAGGGUUUCGCCUCGAACGCAAUGUGGUCAGCAUCAUUCAAGGUGAACUUGACGAGGCCCCGGUGUCUUACUUUUUUGACCCGGACAAGGACUUUAUACCCCGACACAAGUUCGAACAGAUUAUGACCUUAAAUCGGGUUUUAUCUGUUGUCCAUGUGCUCAAGUGCUUCAAAGACGUCCAGGAUAAGAAUCAGCUCGCCAGAGAAAUCCGAUAUGGCAGCUCAGAUGGCUCGAGGUCACCCUGUGUCAAGCUUCUCGCAAUCCUAAUUGGCAUCGGCACAGAAGAGGAUAUGUCCAUACUCAUGUCGGAAGAUGAGCUGAGAGACAGCUGUCUUCCCCUACGAAAUGUACCCGUCGACAGACGUCGGACACUUCAAUGUCGGCAACACAAGGAACAUCGCUUACUCAACAAGUAUCGUCGUCCAAAUGAUCGUGCAAUGUUUUGCCAAUGGGCAUAUACACUGUGCUCUCCCUUCAUCACAUGGGAGUAUGGAAGACACCAGCAUUACUUACUCGACACCGGCGACUUCUUCCCCAUGGAAGUCGUGUGUAAGGUUGAGGAAGAGGAGAACAAGACAGAUCCUUCUGGAAACGCUUAUGGAGGCUUCAGCGAGGUAUACAAAGUGAAAAUCCAUGAAGGCCAUUUUGACUUUGGGGGCCAUGGGAUACGGCACCCACAAGGCUAUUUUGCGCUAAAGAAGCUCACAUCCCACAAUCGCGACAGCUUUAAUCUCGAACUGUCGUCACUUGUAUCCAUUGCUCAAAAAUAUCACGACAAACAUAUCAUUCAGCUUCUCGCUACGUUUGAGGUGAAUAAUACAGUGGCAAAGGAGUCAACAUUCUAUCUCUUAUUCGAUUGGGCUGACGGCACUUUGAAUAAGUUCUGGCAAAGUAAUGAACGUCUAGUUGGAGACAGAAAGCACUGCAAGUGGAUGGCAACUCAGUUCUACGAAGUCUCUGAGGCUCUCCGCUGCGUUCACAAUGACCGUGAGCCAACUGUGCGGUAUCUUGAGGAUCGGGACUCCAACAAGCAGCUAUAUGGACGGCACGGAGACAUCAAACCAGGUAAACUACAUCCGUCUCCUCCAUAUCGAUUAAAGCUUACCUAUAGUCGAAAGGGAACUUCCUGUGGUUCAGAUCAAACAGCUUUCCCGGUCUUCUAG